AUGGCCGCAGCAGUUCCAUGCAAAGAACUCCAAGUUCUCAACGGUUUUAACAAUUAUAUUGGGGUCGUGAGAGCACACACCAAUUUCAGUAUUGAACUUCUGGAUCAAUGCAAGGAAGAGAUCUGCCAUGCCAUCUGGGGAGAGACUAAUCCUGAUAUCUCUGGUAUAGGAGUCUGUAUCGGUUAUGCAAUUGAACUGGCGGUUGGCUUUCUCUUGGCAGCUUUCAUGAUGUUUAUUCGACAAAGACAGGGUCGAAAAUGGGAGUUCCUUCAAAUCGUCACCAAGAAGGGCCUUGAGGCCUUCUUCGAGUUCGCAAUCUACUUCGCUGUUGCUAUAGAGCUAGCAACAAUUAUCAUGCUCGUCAACAAGGAUUUUGGUAUAUCUACCGCUAAUUUCGGGGCUAACGAAGCUCAGAAUGCGUUGGCCAUUGCCGUCAUCUGCAUCAUACCACUCGUGUAUCCGAUUGCUCUAUUGCCGGCACGAGUAUUCCAUCCGGAAAGCAACAGGCAGCAUUUGGCGGACAGAAAGGCAGAAGAUAACGAGAGACGUCAUAACUUCAGACUGAUUAUGUUCUCUCUCGUUAUCGUUCUGUUCUUCUAUCCGUUUUUAUCUCAGUGCAUCCACAACUGGGCGGAACUUCGGGUUGGCCAGGCAGCUGGUGGAGGUACUGAAGGAGUGGUACUCAUCACUGGAGAGGAGUAUGAACGCGUAAAGAAUAUGUGUUUCGGGGAUAUUGAUAGAUUCACCGAUGCGGAACAUUGGUUGCUCGCCAUCUGCGAGAUCAUAGCUUCCCUGCUAUUGUUCCUCUUCACUUUAUGGUAUGCCAUGGGAGCUGGCUUGCAGCGGUGGAAGGAAGGCGAAAAGUUCUCUGGAAAAGAGCACCAGGCGACCAAAGUCUUGUCAAGAACUCAUGGAAAGCUUCAGAGAGGAUGGCACGGUCACCGCGGCAUGCUCUUGUUCUUGCCUAUUACAUUUGGGAGCUGCCUAUUGUGGUGCAUAUUUCGCUUACGAAGGAUGCAAGCUGCUGCAGCGGAACAUAUGGGAAAUGAUUAUGAGGGAAACAAUUGGGGCUUUGGCCAGAUUGUCGGUAUCAUCAUCUUCGCUCCUGUUGUUGUGGAUAUGGGAUUUGCUGCUUGGAGUGCCCGAUCUUUGCUGGGUUGGGGUGACUAUGAUGCUCUGAGUAGCCGGGAAAGCUUCUAA